ACAGCCGCCGCCAAAACAAUCACUACAAAGAAGAAAUAUUUUCUUUUCGGAAGAAGGUCCCCACAAAGCGGCCCUAUUUCUUUACAAUCAAAAAAAGUAAAACAAACCGUAAAGCAAGCAUGUACGCCAGGACAAAUGCCGGGAGUACGCAUGGAGACUUUCAGGACAGAAACGGAGGAAAUUAUGUGACAUCGGCAGAGUCUUUUGGACACUGCUCUCAAUUGUUCUGGAAAAAGGAUCCCAAUGACUCCGGACCGAGUUCGACCAUCAGUUGGUGCGACCAGCUGCCUUCGUCCUCGGCCUCGCUCUCCGCCUCCAGCAUCACCCUGGACUCCCGGGCGGCGGUGGCGUCCACGGGCAUCACAGCGGCGGACAUCGCGGCGGCUGAGCUUGAAUCAGACGAGAGGCCCUAUGCCUGCGACCUGUGUAGCUGCGCCUACAAGCACGCCAGCUCCCUGCUGAACCACAAGCUCACCCACAGGACCGGGGACUUCCGAUGCGACUUCUGCAGCAAACCCUACAACAACUACAUGUCGCUGCGCAACCACAUGCGCAUCCACGGCCAGAAGCGGUACGCGUGCGAGCUGUGCGGCAAGGCCUUCCGCCUGGCGCGCUACCUGCGCAACCAUCAGAAGAUCCAUGACGACGGGCCCAACCGCUUCGACUGUCCGUCGUGCUGCAAGAGCUUCCGCACUAUGCUCGAGCUCGCCCAACACCGCUGCAACGCGGCGUCAGGCCAGGUGGGUGGGAAGAACCGGUUCAACUGCCCGUCCUGCUUUAAGAGCUACCGAACCAUGCUGGACCUGGCCCAGCACCGCUGCAGUGCCGCUGCCAAAAACCAGCCGGGCGGUCGUCGAACUAACUACUCCGCCCAGCGGCGCCAGCGAGCGCAGCAGCAGCAACAAAAUCAACAACAACAACAACAACAACAGCAACAACAACAGCAGCAGCAGCAACAGCAGCAGCAGCAUCAGAACAGCAACACUACUCCCAUGAUGCAGCAGCAGCACGGCGGCCACUCCCAGCAGGAGCCCAUGGCCUCUCAUUGUGUGUCCCCCAUGUCCCAGUCAGGGGGCGUGGUCAGCCAAUCCAUCUCGGACCCCCACCAGGGGCGCUCCAGCUCAUCCUCCUCACAGAGCCAGGGGGGCCAGCAGAACAUGAGGAGCAGCUCCUCAAGCAAACACCCUUCCUCGUCCAACACCUCCUCCUACUCUCUGCUCCAGCCCCUGGUGCCUGAGGUAAAGGACAUGGGAUCUGCAUACACUAGACUGAACGCCAGCCAUCCCAUGCCCAAGCACCAGGACGCCUUCUCUCUGGCCCCACAGCGGCCCCUCACCACCAUCAACCCCAUCAGCCACGGGCUCCAUCCGAACGGGGCCCCCACGCUCAAGCCCUCCCCUGUGGCACGCACCAUCCAGGGCAUGCCGUGGGAGCAGCGCUCCCUCUACAACCAAUGAAAGCCCUGAGCCAGCCCCUCCAGCACCGCCCCAAGCGUUGCCGCCCCGCCCUUUCCUCAUGACUCCCACCUCCCU